AUGAAUGCAAUGAAGAAGUCUCUCUCAGAGCUUUUGAGUAUGCUGAAAACAGCAGAGAAGGACAUGAAGAAGUCUAAACCAACGUUGUUAGUUGCUACUGCACCUAGAAAGGGAAGGGGUAAACAAGGCAAAGGAAAGGCUAAGGCCAAUCCUAGGUUUAAGCCUAAAACCCAAGAUUUUCUAAAGCCUGGAAGCGUGAGCAAGGACGGGAAGGUGGUUUGCUUAUACUGUGGUAAGCCUGGCCAUUGGAGGAAACAUUACAAGGCCUUUUUAGCAAACAAGAAGAGGAAUUCUACAUCUUCUAAAGGUAGGUAUAUGAUUGAAAAAAAUCUUUCUCAUGUUACAUCUUGGGUCAUUGACAUUGGAUGUGGUUCUCAUAUUUGCACUUCUGUGUAA